GAUAGAUGAUAGAGUCAAUGUGCUUAUUUUGCUAUAUAGUCCUCCACAAUUUGCGUCUUCUCCGUUCGCACUCCCUCCGCCUCUCUCCCCACUCCAUCUCCAAUCCGAGAUCCGAAUCCAAAGGUUAUAGUUGAAUUUAGUGAUGGGUUCGACUGCGGCCGAGGACCAGAUUAAGCCUAGAGAUGUAUGUGUUGUUGGGGUUGCACGUACUCCUAUGGGCGGCUUCCUGGGUGCCUUAUCACCCUUGGCUGCUACAAAACUCGGAUCAAUAGCUAUUAAAGCCGCACUUCAAAGAGCCAAUGUUGAUCCAGCACUCGUACAAGAGGUUUAUUUCGGCAACGUGUUGAGUGCCAAUUUGGGGCAGGCUCCUGCUAGACAAGCUGCUUUAGGUGCUGGAAUACCGAAUACUGUGGUCUGCUCUGCGAUCAACAAAGUUUGUGCAUCUGGAAUGAAAGCUACAAUUCUUGCUGCACAAAGUAUCCAAUUGGGAAUCAAUGAUGUUGUCGUGGCUGGUGGAAUGGAGAGCAUGUCAAAUGCCCCUAAAUAUAUUGCUGAAGCAAGGAAAGGAUCUCGAUUUGGGCAUGACACUCUCGUUGAUGGGAUGCUUAAGGAUGGUCUUUGGGAUGUAUACAAUGAUUUUGCUAUGGGAAUGUGUGCUGAACUUUGUGCAGAUAAUCAUUCUAUUACAAGGGAAGAGCAGGAUUCUUAUGCCAUUCAAAGCAACGAGCGUGGAAUAGCUGCUCGGGAUAGUGGUGCUUUUGCUUGGGAAAUAGCUCCUGUUGAAGUUUCUGCUGGUAGAGGGAAACCAUCAGUAAUUGUUGAUAAGGAUGAAAGCCUAGAAAAGGUAAAAUCCUUUCCAUUUAAUAUCUCUGUAAUAUAUCCUCUGUCCAGUAGACUUUGUGUUAGUAGAGAUCUCGUAGUAAUUUAUAUUAUUAAGCAUGCUAGGGACCUUCNGCAAGUGAUUGCAAAGAUAACAGGAUACGCUGAUGCUGCUCAGGCGCCCGAGCUCUUUACAACAGCUCCAGCUCUUGCUGUACCAAAAGCUAUUGCAAAUGCUGGCUUAAGUGCUUCUCAAGUCGACUAUUACGAAAUAAAUGAAGCUUUCUCUGUUGUGGCCCUCGCAAACCAGAAGCUUCUUGGGAUUCCUUCUGAAAAGAUUAAUGUGCAUGGUGGAGCUGUAUCUUUAGGACACCCUCUUGGUUGCAGUGGAGCUCGCAUUCUGGUCACCCUUCUAGGGGUCCUCAAACAGAAGGCCGGCAAAAUUGGAGUCGCCGGAGUUUGCAAUGGUGGUGGCGGAGCAUCCGCGCUUGUUGUAGAGCUCGUGUAAGCAUUUUCUAUUUGGUCUGGUGUGGGAACAGGAAUUCAGCGCCCGUCGGUAUGACGAAGUUUCCGUUUCUCUCUCUCUCUCUCUCUCUCUCUCUCUCUCUCUCUCUUUAUGGAGUAAUAAAGCUAAGUUAUGUAGUUCUUCGUAGCUAAUCGUUUCUUUCUCUUUAUGUGGUAAUAAAUCUAAGUUAUGUAGUUCUUCGAUAGUUAAUCGUCGAUCGCCGACUUUUUGAAAUGUUAGUUGUUUAUUUUGGAGAAUCUAAGAAAUCAAAGGAGUGCGCAACUUCAAUGGGAGCUCCUCAACGAGUUUUUGUUGAUACAGUUUGGUGAGCCAUAUGAUUAAAAAGUAUGUUUUAAUCUUUAAGCUUU